AUGAAGAUAAGUAUUCCCCUCAGGAUGGCUGAAAAAACAUAUAAUGAUGCUAUCAACGCUUUGAAUUCUCUGCAAUCCAACUAUGCCAAUAUUAUGGCUAUCAGAGAAUCAGGAAUUCGUAAAAAUGAGAUGGCUAUUUCGGAAAUGGUUGAAUGGACUAGAAGAAUUGGAUAUACUACCGCAGAUUUUAACAAAUUAAACAUAGUUCAUAUCACAGGUACUAAAGGGAAAGGGUCGACUGCUGCUUUUACAAACUCGAUAUUGAGCCAAUAUAAAGAACAGCUACCUAAGAUUGGUUUAUAUACAUCACCACAUUUGAAAACAGUAAGGGAGAGAAUUAGAAUCAAUGGUAAGCCUUUAUCAGAGAAGAAAUUUACCAAAUAUUUUUAUGAAAUUUGGAAUAGACUAGAUAAAACUUCAUCACCACUAGAUAAAUUUCCUCACAUGACACCUGGAUCCAUGCCUGGUUAUUUUAAAUUUUUGACUCUGUUAUCGUUUCAUACAUUUUUACAAGAAGGUUGCAAAAGUUGUGUGUAUGAAGUAGGUAUCGGUGGUGAAUACGAUAGUACAAACAUAAUCGAAAGACCAGUAGCAUGUGGUGUUUCUUUGCUGGGGAUUGAUCAUACGUUUAUGUUAGGUGAUACUAUUGAAGAAAUUGCCUGGAAUAAAGGUGGAAUCUUUAAGAAACAUGUUCCUGCUUUCACGGUGGAAAACCAACCUACGGCUGGGUUAAAUGUAUUAGAAGAACGUGCAACAGAGCGUAAUACCACUGUCACGGAAGUGCCAAUUUUUGAUGAAUUAGAAAAAAUCAAACUUGGAAUUGCAGGCAGUUUUCAAAAAACAAAUGCAUCUUUAGCCGUUGCUCUAGCGUCACAAGCCUUAACAUCGAUGGAAAUAUUGGACGAACCUGUAAAUAUGAUAAAAGACGUACAUUUACCUCAAAAGUUCUUGGAUGGACUGAAAGAUACAUUAUGGGAAGGACGUUGUCAAACUGUAAAUCGUGGUAAUAAUACGUGGUAUUUAGAUGGUGCCCAUACAAAAGAUAGUAUAGAGGCAGCAUCAACAUGGUUCCGGGAUGUAAUGAAAACUUCCAGAAAACCUAAAGUUUUAUUAUUCAAUCAACAAAGUAGAGAUGCCAACGCUUUAAUACAUUUCAUGAAUGGUAAAAUAGCCCCAGAUGUUCAUUUUGAUCACGUUAUAUUUACGACCAAUGUUACAUGGGAUUCUGGUAGUUAUAGCGCUGAUUUAGUAUCUAUGAAUACAUGUAAGGAGGAUGUAGAUGAAUUAAAGGUUCAGAAAUCCUUAGCAGAGGAAUGGGCAAAAAUUGAUAACGAAUCAAAAAUAUUUGUUUCCCCAAAUAUCGAACACGCAAUUAACCUAAUUGAAGGAUUAAGUGAUAAUUCCUUAGAUAUAUUUGUAUGUGGUUCUCUUCAUUUAGUGGGAGGUCUUCUAGUCGUUUUUGACGGGAAAUAA